AUGUUUGGGAAGGACGGAGGGUCUGGGAAAGUGACCAGCGACUUACCGGCGCCGGAAAAGAGGCGAACAGUCGACGCCGCUGCCAGUCUCGUGCCUGACAGGGCGAAUCUUCCCGGCCGGCCACUGUCACGUCCAUACGCACGCGUCAUCCCUUCCAAUGGUGUGUGUCGCGUCGGAGCCCAAGAGAGCGGGCACCCAGCGCCGGACCCGCCGGCGCCAGUUUUGCAGCGGGUGAUGGUGCAGAGCCAAGCUUCGCUGGCACGCGUCACACCACGUCACCCAUCGGUGAUCACUGAUUCGCGGAUAAACCGCAUCAUCGUCGAUGUCACGGACGGUGACGCGCCUGUCCCGAACUUCCAUCAUCCCGCGACGCGCGAACAACGCGCUUGUCAAUACCGCCGGCGGUCCGUGUCCUUGUCCGAAUGCGGGACAAGGGCGCAGAAGAAGCCACCUCGCAAACGACUGGACACGAAACGAGCGGGGAGAGCGGCGAUUGGAGGACGCGGCGACCGGGUGGAGAAGAGAAGAGAAGAGAUUGGGCAGGCUUCCAGGCUUAAUCAGGCUUGGAGGUCACGCGCGCUGGGCGGCGCUAAUGCUGGGCAGCCGCUAUACAUAUGGCCUCCGCCAAUCCGGGCGGUGCCUUUCCUCCUACCUUCCCCCACGCCCCUGCUAUCCAUGGACCAACCAACACACGAGCGCAGCGCGACGGAGGCAACGAUUGUGGGGACGCCCGCCGGGUCCGUCAUCGGGACCAGCCUCCCGGCGACCAAGCCGUCCGCCAUCGACCCUACUCUCCCCACCCAAGUUGUCUCACCACCGCCAACUGCGGGUCUUCCCUCGACCGGCACCCCGCUGUCCUCCGAGUUCCCCGCCUCUGGGCCCACCCCCAGGGUCAUCCCGCCCUCGCACCCCUUCCGGACGCUCGUGCUCUGCUUCGACGGCACAGGCGACCAGUUCGACUCCGACAACUCGAAUAUCGUGCAGCUCUUCUCCAUGCUGCCCAAGGCGGACCGCUCGCAGCAGAUGGUCUACUACCAGGCGGGCAUCGGCACGUAUACCACGCCCGAGAUCGCCGACCCCAUGUGGAGCCGUGUAAACAAGUUCGUCGACGAGGCGAUUGCGUGGAACCUCGAUGCGCAUGUAAUGGGGGGAUACGAGUUCCUCAUGCAGAACUACACCGCGGGCGAUCGCAUUUGCAUCUUUGGGUUUUCCCGCGGAGCAUACAUUGCCCGGAGUCUUGCGGGAAUGCUGCACAAAGUCGGUCUACUGCCUGCUUCGAACCACCAGCAGAUCCCCUUCGCGUACAAGAUGUUCACGCGCACGGACGAGGUCGGGUGGAAGCAGUCGAAUGCAUUCAAGAAGGCCUUCUCGAACGAUGUCGACAUUGAGUUCCUCGGCGUUUGGGACACCGUCAAUUCUGUGGGCCUGAUUCCCCGUCGACUGCCGUUCACAACGUCCAACACGAUUGUGCGCACUUUCCGGCACGCGAUGGCGCUCGACGAGCGGCGCGUCAAGUUCAAGGUCAACCUUUGGAACCGUCCUAAAGCGGACGAGCAGAACCUCGGGAUCAGCCCCAGCGAUCUUGCGCCGGCUGCGGGCGCAGCCAACGGUAGCGGCAGUAACGGUAGCAGCCAUCCGAGCCGCAAGCCGACGAAGAAGAUGUCGCAUAAGAUGCUCGAGCACAAGUAUGCGCGCGACCGCUCGCUGCCGACCGACAUCGAGGAGGUCUGGUUCGCCGGGUGCCACUGCGACAUCGGCGGCGGUUCUGUCUCGAACGAGACGACCCACAACCUCGCGCGGAUCCCGCUGCGGUGGAUGAUCCGGGAGUGCUUCAAGACGGACAGCGGUAUCAUGUUCGACACGGAGGGACUGCGCAGCAUCGGGCUUGACCCCGACUCGCUCUACCCGUUCGUCAAGCCGCGCCCGCCGCCUUUAUCCCUCCCCGCGGACGCACGUGUCCUCGAUGUACGCACCGCCGCACUCCCCGCCCACGAGGCCAUCCUCCAGGACGCCUCCCUCUCUAAGUCAGAGGAAGAGCACGACCUCGUCGACGCGCUCACGCCCGUCUACGACCAGCUGUCCUUGGCCUGGUUCUGGUGGAUCCUCGAGCUCCUCCCGCUGCGCCAGCGCUACCAGCGCGGGGACAACAACUGGGUCACGUUCUUUGGGUUCAACUGGGGCCGCCCGCGCUUCAUCCCAAAGCAGAAGGCGUGGGGCGUCAAGGUGCACCGCAGCGUCAAGACGCGCAUGGAGGCGGAGGGGGUUAGGGGAGAGCGCUACAAGCCGCGCGCGGAGGUGAACUGGGAGAGAACUACGUGGGUGGAUUGA